ACACUCCGGCUCUCAGCGCUCGCGUCGACUUUGCAGCCCUGCAGUCUCCCGUGCACCUAUGAAGCCUUGGAGUAAAAGCUGCCAGCCCCUCAAUUUGAUUCACUUCCUGUAGUCAGACUCCCUUCCCAAAAGUGGAGAGAGGGGGAAACGGGGGAAAGGAAGAACUCUUUUUCUGUGCUAAAUAAGGCUCUCUGAGGAGCAGCAAGCGACUCCUCGCCUCUGCAUAGCUCCAUAACUUGUCUAGUUUGUGUCAGUGGCGGGCAGAUCGUCGCGCGCAGCAGCGUUUCAGAGACAGAAACAUUAAAUACAAAAAUAACUGCGCGCCAGUUCCACCCGAGUCAAUGCACGGUACGGAUGGUACAGAUUUUGACGCCCAUCGCCGAGUCUUCUCCUGAUUCCACGCACCGAGUUUGGAGACACUGUACGCUGUGAGACCUUUCAUGUACUGGAAAAAUGAAGUUUUGUCCCCUCUUUCAGAGGGAAAUAAGAUUCUGUCCGAAGGAAUUCCCACGAAGCAGGUACUGACACUUUGGAAACGGCUCAGCUUCAACUUUGUGAUCUCUACAGAGCAUCAGAGUACACCGGGAGCCUCGCGCUGCAGUGUGGACUCUAAACACGCGCCAAUGUCUCACUCGGACGGAGAAUCCCAGCGGUCCAACAUGGAGCGGGAGGACACACGCUCGUCCCCCAGCACGCCGUCCACCCCCUCCGUGUGCUCGCCGACCUCCACCACCAGCUCGGUGCCUUCCACCGGGAAGAACAUGUGCGCCAGCUGCGGUCAGGAGAUCCUGGACAGAUACUUGCUGAAGGUGAACAACCUGAUCUGGCACGUGCGCUGUCUGGAGUGUUCUGUCUGCAGGACGUCGCUACGUCAGCACAGCAGCUGCUACAUCAAAAACAAAGAGAUCUUCUGUAAAAUGGAUUAUUUCAGUAGGUUUGGUACUAAGUGUGCCCGCUGUGGGCGGCAGAUAUACGCCAGCGACUGGGUGCGGCGCGCGAGGGGAAACGCAUACCACUUGGCAUGUUUUGCGUGCUACUCGUGUAAGAGGCAGUUGUCCACGGGAGAGGAGUUUGGCUUGGUGGAGGAGAAGGUCCUGUGCAGGAUCCACUACGACACCAUGGUGGAGAACCUCAAACGAGCGGCUGAGAGUGGCAAUGGUAUCACAUUAGAAGGAGCAGUUCCAACAGAACAAGACAGUCAACCCAAACCGGCCAAAAGGGCACGGACAUCUUUCACUGCAGAACAGCUACAGAUCAUGCAGGCUCAGUUUGCCCAGGACAACAACCCAGAUGCCCAGACGCUACAGAAACUAGCCGACAUGACAGGCCUCAGCAGGAGAGUUAUACAGGUGUGGUUUCAAAACUGCAGAGCAAGACACAAAAAGCACACGCCCCAGCACAGUGGGGCUCCCCCAGGUCAUCCCCAGUCCAGGAUACCCUCGUCCCUGCCCGAUGAGCUGCAUUACUCCCCCUUCGGCAGUCCUGAGCGGGCACGCAUGGUGGCCCUUCACGGGUAUAUCGACAGUCAUCCCUUCUCCGUGCUGACCUCUCAGAGUCUCCCUCACCAGGCCAUGUCUCUGCCACAGCUCCCCCUCAGCCGCUAGCACUCCACCACUAUGACCCCCACGACCCCUAAACCUCCGAAUCCUAACCCUUGAUCUCCCAUCGCUGAUGUCUACAGACCUGACCCGGAGGUCGCGCAGGAGCCAGCUCGGAGAAAAGACACAUCUUACAGGAGCCCUGCCCACUCGGAAACAGAAAGAGAAAUGGAAGAACGAGGGAAAGCUACAUCUGUCAUUAUGUUUUUUCUGAGGACAGGAAUAUCCCACCUGCAGCCACUCUGUCAAAAACAAUUGUGAAGCAUUUAUCAUUAGCGGGAGCUCACUGACUGUAUUUUACACCACCUAAAGGACCCAUUCUGCUUCACAUGUACAGCAUCCUCCAGUCUUUCCAUCAAACCUCUGACUUGAAAGGUGGAGGGAGUUUUAAGGGGAUGAAACUGACAGAGGAAGCAGGAGUGAGUGCUGUCAGAAUACUGAAGAUAAACAAAGAGGGGAAAAAUAAGGGGGAACUGUCAUUGUGGCCCACGGGGCCCCGCACACACAGUAGACCACAUUAGAGGUAAGACUCCUCACUCUUUUCUCUCUGAGCAACCAUGAAGGAAACAUACAUGUAAAUUAAAUAAGUUGACUGUUGAAAUAUUUUCGUUAGGACUGACAUAAGUAAAAACUGAAACUUCCUAGUCACAUUUUGGGUCAUUUUCCACUGAAAUGAGGUGUAGAAUUAGAUUUUUGUUAAAGAAUGAACAUAUAGUGUGCCUUAUCUUUUCCAUUAUUAGAAGAUACUUCACAGCAGUGAAUCCGAUCAUUAAAAUUCCAGCCAAAAUUUGGUGGUUUUUUUUAAUUUUAUUGUGUAGAACAAAGUAUUUUAAAUCUUCCAUCAGCAGUUUAUCAUGAAGGAAAACCACAGAGCACAUUGUCUGGGUUUGUGUGUUAUUAAAUUAUGGGUGUAACAUUAGAAGCAGGAGCGAACAGAUUUUAAGCUGCCACAAUCCUGUUACAUUUCUUUAAUCUGACAGAGAGAGGUCUGAGAUGAGCAUAAAUGUUCCUACAGAAUCUGUUAUUAUUUUCAUAUUCCCAAACAAGUAAUACACUAAUUUAUAAUUUCUAAGGUUGCUUGUUCAGCUUCUGUGUGUUUCGCACAAAGAGGGAAAACGAGUGUUGGUGUUUUGGUACAAUAUGGACAAUAUGAAACAGACUGGGGUUGUACAUAGUAAGACGUAUGUGUGUGUGCGUGUGUGCGUGUGUGUGUGUGUGUGUGUGUGUGUAUUGGCAGGGGUAGAGAGUGUGCAUCUGUAUUUUUAUGUGCCAUGGCCAUUGUGUGAAGAACAGGAUCCAACAAGACCUCAAUGUCCUUGUAUUUAUUGAGACGGUAAAUCCCUGUAAAGCACUUUUUCCCCCCCUCUGAAAUUGUUUUGUUUUGUUAAAAAAACACGAAAUGAAAUCAAACAAAAAAGUUUAUUUGAUAGACUGUGCAUCAUAAAUGUUUUGUGUACUAAAAUGCAAUAAAAUAGAAUGUGAUAUUUUUGUGGUUUUUGGAUUAUUUGUGAGGAUAAAUUAACGAAGUAAUAAUAAUUUUCCCCAACGUCAAAUUAGGCUCAACUGGACAGGAUUUUGCAGAUGACAAACGUACAAAUAAAAUAAAUGAAUAUGAAGUAAUUGUAUGUUCUAUGUGUUUUAUAAUUGUGCAUGAUGUUUAGUGCUUUGGUUGUGGGUGCAUGUAUUUCCUCUUGUUUUUGUGGAUAGUUGUGUGCGUACAUCCUAGCGUGUGUGUGUGUGUGUGUGUGUGUGUGUUACAUUUUUUUGUGAAUGUGCAUUUGCCAUGAAGCAGGAAAGGUGCAUCAUGGGAAAGAUUCCCUCUGUACAAAUGACUGUUGCCUUUAGGGGACUUCAUAUCUUAAUCUCUUUAUUUAUUGAUGCUUUUUUUUUUUUUUUUUUAAUUUUUUCAACUUGUGAAGUUGUUAGGUGACUGAGGAGCUAUUGUACCCCAACAAAUCCUCUGCAGUUUAUGGUGACUAUAUGUUAAAAGGGGUACAUGACCCUCACACAGCAGAACUGUGCCCUAAAAACAUUAGACACAACACACAAUGAAUAUAAUUUAGGAUAUGUUGUUUUAGCGGUAAU